CGUGGAGGCGAAAGGCCGCGUUUUUCUCUCGUGGCUUCUUUGGCCCCGGCUGUCGGGAGUGCGGGGCACGCAGGCCUUGUUUCACCUGAGCCGGCCUCGCGCGCGCGAGGGGCGGGGUUUCCUCGCUUCACCCUAGUCGGGACGAGGAAACUUGUGGGGAAGGCGACCCCGGCCCGGGUCUGGAGCACGGCAGCGAGGCCGCCGAGGAGUGACUUCUCACUCUCGGGCUUUCCUUACAGUUCCUCCCGGGUGCGCGGCCGCUCGAAAGGCGGCCGCGUGCGCACAGCCAUGCACUAGGCAGGGCUCCCCUAUGCGCUCGGAGCGCGCGGACCGCUGCCUCGGGCCGCCGUCGCCGCCUGCCGCCCGCGGAGCCCUAGACACAGCCGCCGCCCGCCCUAGGCCGGGGCGUAGAGGAGCCGGCGGCGCGGCCAUGUGGGGCUAGCCCCGCGCCGCGCCUGGCCUGCAGCAGGACCGGCAACAUGGAGGCGGCCGUCGGCGCUCCCGACGGCGGGGACCGGGGCGGCGCGGGGCCCCGCGAGGACGUGACGCCCAUGGACGCUUAUCUGCGGGAACUGGGCUUGUAUCGGAAAUUGAUCGCCAAGGACGGGUCCUGCCUGUUCCGGGCUGUGGCGGAGCAGGUAUUGCAUUCUCAGUCUCGACAUGUUGAAGUCAGAAUGGCCUGUAUUCACUAUCUUCGAGAGAACAGAGAGAAAUUUGAAGCGUUUAUAGAAGGAUCAUUUGAAGAGUAUUUAAAACGUUUGGAAAAUCCACAGGAAUGGGUUGGACAGGUGGAAAUAAGUGCCCUUUCUCUUAUGUACAGGAAAGAUUUUGUAAUUUAUCGGGAACCAAAUGUUUCUCCUUCACAAGUAACUGAAAAUAAUUUUCCUGAAAAGGUAUUACUGUGUUUUUCAAAUGGAAAUCAUUAUGAUAUUGUCUAUCCCAUUAAGUAUAAAGAGAGCUCUGCUAUGUGUCAGUCUCUCCUUUAUGAAUUACUGUAUGAGAAGGUAUUUAAAACUGAUGUUAGUAAAAUCUUGAUGGGACUCAACACUGCUGAAGUAGCUGGUGAAAGCCACAGUGAAAUAUCAGAUUCAGAGGAUGAUAGUUGCAGGAGAAAAACUACCACCGCUAAUGAUGUAAAUGGAUUUAAAGCUCUGUCAAGUGAUCAGCACCUGAAAAACAAUGGGAACUCCCAAAGCCUUCCUUUGUCUAGAAAGGUUCUUAAGUCACUCAAUCCAGCGGUUUAUAGAAAUGUGGAAUAUGAAAUUUGGCUCAAGUCUAAACAAGCCCAACAGAAACGUGAUUAUUCCAUUGCUGCUGGCUUACAGUAUGAAGUUGGGGAUAAAUGCCAAGUUAGGUUGGAUCACAAUGGAAAAUUUUCUGCUGCAGACCUUCAAGGGGUUCAUUCUGAGAACGGACCAGUUUUGGUUGAAGAAGUUGGAAGGAAGCACUCACUGAAGACCCUCAAACCACCUCCCUCAGAAAGCUGGAACACCGUGUCAGGGAAGAAGAUGAAAAAACCUACCCCUUCUGGACAAAAUUUCCAUUCUGAUGCAGAUUAUAGAGGGCCAAAGAAUUCAAGCAAGACAGUAAAAGCUCCAUCAGCACUACCUCCUCGACUCCAGCACCCUUCGGGAGUAAGACAGCAUGCAUUCUCUAGUCAUUCUGCAGGGUCACCGUCUCAGAAACCCUCUAGUGAGCACAAGAAUCUUAGCAGGACACCUUCACAGAUCAUAAGAAAACCUGAUCGUGAGAGAGUUGAGGAUUUUGAGCACGCCAGUCGAGAACCUAAUUAUUUUGGCCUCUCCCCAGAAGAGCGCAGAGAGAAGCAAGCUAUAGAAGAAUCUCGAUUACUUUAUGAGAUUCAAAACCGAGAUGAACACGCUUUCCCAGCCCUUUCUAGCUCAUCAGUCAGUCAGUCAUCUUCUCAGAGUAGCAAUCCAUGUGUCCAGAGAAAAUCAUCAUAUGUGAGUGAUAGAAAAGGAAACAGGCGGAGAAUGGAUACCGAAGAACGAAAAGAUAAAGACUCUAGCCAUGGACAUACCCACCUGGAUAAAAAACCUGGGCCAAGCACAUCAGAGAAUAUUAGUGAUGAUAAGUGUGCAAGAAUUUCAUCACCAUCAAAGUCAAAGAAAUUAGAGUGCCCACCUCCUGCAGAACAAAAGCCAGCAGAACAUGUGUCUUUGUCAAAUCCAGCUCCCCUUCUGGUUUCUCCAGAGGUACAUCUAGCUCCUGCGGUGCCUUCUUUACCAGCCACUGUGCCAGCCUGGCCAAGUGAGCCUACAUCUUUUGGACCAACAGGUGUCCCUGCUCAAAUCCCCGUUUUAUCAGUGACACAGACCCUGACCACUGGACCUGAUUCUGCUGUGUCCCAAGCUCAUUUAACACCCUCUCCAGUUCCUGUGUCAAUACAGGCAGUUAACCAGCCCUUGAUGCCUUUGCCUCAGACACUGAGCCUUUACCAAGACCCACUCUACCCUGGGUUUCCUUGUAAUGAAAAGGGAGAUAGAGCCAUUGCACCACCUUAUUCACUGUGUCACACUGGGGAGGACCUGCCUAAAGAUAAGAAUAUUCUUCGAUUCUUCUUUAAUCUUGGUGUAAAGGCAUAUAGUUGUCCUAUGUGGGCCCCACAUUCUUACCUGUAUCCUCUGCACCAGGCUUACCUGGCAGCCUGCAGGAUGUACCCAAAGGUUCCUGUCCCUGUGUAUCCUCAAAACCCUUGGUUCCAAGAAGCUCCUGCUCAGAAUGAAAGUGAUUGUACUUGUGCUGAUGCACACUUUCCUAUGCAGACUGAGCCCAGUGUUAAUGGUCAAAUGCCACAAGCAGAGAUUGGACCACCAACAUUUUCUUCACCUCUGGUUAUCCCUCCAUCUCAGGUGUCUGAAAGUCAUGGACAGUUGUCUUACCAGGCUGAUCUUGAAUCUGAAAACUCUGGGCAUCUUCUUCAUGCUGAAUAUGAAGAGUCACUAAGUGGCAAGAAUAUGUUCCCACAACCGUCCUUUGGACCGAAUCCAUUCUUAGGCCCAGUUCCCAUUGCACCUCCUUUCUUUCCUCCUGUUUGGUAUGGGUACCCUUUUCAGGGAUUCAUAGAAAGUCCAGUAAUGAGGCAGAAUAUUGUUCUGCCUUCUGAUGAGAAAGGAGAAUUGGAUCUACCCCUGGAAAAUCUGGAUCUGUCUAAACAAGGUGGUUCACCUUCAACAGGUGAGUUUCAGGAGGCCAGAUGCGAAGACACACAACAUGCUCUCCCUGAAGCAGAUGUGAGUGAGCAUGAAGGCCGGGCAGAGCAGUUGUCCCAGACACCUAAGGCAGAUCUGGCAUUGGUUUCCAUCCCUCCAGUAGUGGAGGGAAAGGCUCAUCUUCCCACUCAGAAUCUAAACAGAGAGAGAGAAACUGUGCCUGUUGAACCUGAGCCUAAAAGGACCAUUCCAAGUCUGAAAGAAAAAACAGAAAAAGUGAAAGAUCCUAAGACUGCUGCUGAUGUGGUCAGUGGGGCCAACUCUGUGGAUAGCAGACUACAGAGACCAAAAGAAGAGAGUUCAGAAGAUGAGAAUGAAGUGUCUAAUAUUCUGCGAAGUGGUAGAUCAAAGCAGUUCUAUAAUCAGACGUAUGGAGGCAGGAAGUACAAAAGUGAUUGGGGCUAUUCUGGUAGGGGAGGAUAUCAACAUACAAGAGGUGAGGAGUCGUGGAAAGGGCAGCCAAGCAGAAGCCGAGAUGAAGGUUAUCAGUACCAUCGAAAUGGCAGAGGACGGCCCUAUAGGGGAGAUAGGAGGAGGUCAGGGAUGGGAGAUGGCCAUCGGGGACAACACACUUGAUGGCUGUUGUUGCAGUGUAUUAGAGCAGAAACUUUUCUUAGGUGGAAUGUUUCUAAAGGCUUUAAAAAAAUACAUUAAAAUAAAAACCCAAAUUGGAACUAUCUCCUCCCCUCCCCCUUUACCCUCACUUCUAUCCUGGACAAGAGAUUUUGGAUAUGUGUUCAAGGGGGCAGGUGAAUUCCUGGCGUUGCCAUUUCUCUUUGUUCAAAAUUUGUUUAUGGGGUGACUGCCCCCAUAAGUAGAAAAUAAGUUUGUUAAAGUAUUUUUUAUAAACAGCUUAAUAUAAAACAUUAUAGAUUUAGUGUUUGUUUUUUUUCCUUAAAAUAAGUUUAAUUUCAAAUGUUGGAAAUGCGUGCUGUAUAGUGUUUACUAAAGUGACAGAAAAUACACCAUUUGACACAUGAUAGAUUCCAAAACAUAACAUUGCACCAAAUAGAAAUGUAUAUUUUAUUAUGCAAUGCCUUAGUCAUAAACUGGGCUCAAACAGUUCUUAGGCUAAAACACUGUUGUCUUUUGAAAUGCUUCCAACCCAAAGGCCUUUCAUCUCAAUAUCUGUCAAACUUGAAUAAUGUCUUCUUUUUAAUAUUACACAUAAGGCAGCCUAUUAACCUGUGUCUUAGAAAUGUUGUAUAUAGUUCUUUUAAUAUUAAUAGGGUAUAUUUUUGAAUUUUGGUAUUUGUUGAACUUGGGAUCGCAUACAAGAACAUAUGUUUAAGAAAUAAUAGGAAAUACAAUGAAAUGGCUGUUUCCACCAAGAAUUCUUAGCACUGGUGUAAAUAUGGUGCCUACUCGAAAGAAAUGUAGAUGCUAUGCAUUUUGAAAAUAAUCUGCAUCUGUUAAAACUGCAGAAGUUUUUUAAUGCCACUUUAACACUAAUGCACUGACAGAUUUAAAUAUUUUGAGAGACGAAAUGUUAAAAAUUUUUAGCUUGACAGGUUUCUAUAGAGUUCUGUGUUUUGUUUUUUCACUUUGCACCAUUGGCUGUGUCCAUCACUUUACAUUUGCAUGUUCAAUUUGUCACAGCUGGAACUAUUAUACAGAAAAGGAUGAUUGUGACUUCUAGUUCUUUUCUAGAGGAUGCUGCUAGAAAGUGGUUUUGCUUUGCAUUUUAUAGCUUGUUACCUCUUGGGUAACCUGUCAAUCCUGCUUCCUUCCCGUCUUCGUCUUCACAGUAUUUCAGUAGAAGUUAUCUUUGCAUGUUGCACUCUGUCCUCAUUUGGAGAUUUGACUUUGAAUUAACACAGUAUUCAUUAAUCUGUGUUAUACUGUAUAACUAUAGCUUUUAUUUCUCAUUUGUACAUACUAAUGUGAAAAUCUACCCUUUUUUAUGUUCUCUUUUGAUCAGGAAGUUUGAGCGCUAUGCAAAUAAAGUAGUAAUUUCUCUUUGCAUGCCAUGUAUAAUAUACCUAGCCAAAAAUGGAUUUUUUUAAAAAACAAAUACAAUUCACUUGAAUUUGACAAACUGAAACAGAUGAGUUUUCUGGGUUCUCUGAUAACUUAACAGAAUUGUUUGGGAUGCCAGCUAGGCUCAGUGAAUCUCCACUGUACUGUAAUAAUGGUUAUUUUACCUCUGUUUUAAUUACCUAAUGUCUGUGUAACUGCUGAUUCGAGUAGUGAUUAUCAUUUACAUGUUUUGUAACAAGAUUUUAGAGAGCACUUUGAAAGAUAUUUUAUGAUGGUGCUAAGUAAAAACUUUAAAGACUGAGAUGGUUGUGUGGAAAUACUGAGAGAACCUGCCGAAAGGAAUUUCUGUUGUCACCUUCUAAGCUCUAACAAUUGGGGAAGGUACUGCUUAAGCCAUUUCUUUCUUAGUUAACAUCAGUUGUUAUGGAAUGAGAUUAGCGGGUCCUUUAUUCUCAGCUCAUAUUUUUUAAUGUAAGAUUAGUUUAUCUGAUAGUUUUUAUGAAAAUCACCUUUAGAUAUUAUGGCCAGAUUUAAAAGUUCGAUGUAAAUUUAAACUCAGGAGACCAAAAGAAAUUGGUGUUUCCAGUGUCUUUUAUUGACUGGGAUUUGAUCUUCUUAGUUUCUUCUGGAAUUGUUGAAAAUUGGGUAGGAAAGAAUACUGUUCAUUUCUUCACUGUCUUACCUCAGUUGAGUAACAACAUACUCUAUAGUUCCUGAAAGAAAUACUGAUUUGCUUGCUGUUUCCCAUAUUUACCUCCAGGACAUGAUGGAAACAGUGCUGAAAGAGAACUUUACAGAUGGUACUUUACUCAGUGACCUCUGGAAUAAAAGAACUCUGAAUUUUGAUAAUUAGUUUUAAAAUUAUGAGUCUUUGCAUGAAGGUCAGUUUUGUUUUUUUUUAGAUUUGUUUUAAAUGUAUUCAGGGGAUUUGCCUUAUGCUGAGGUCAAACUAAGCAAGCUUUUGUCCUUCAUUCUCACUGAGUCAUAUGGUAUGUUGACAUGAGAUACAAUGUUCAUCAUAUAAUGUUUCCAUAUAAGAGAAACUAAUGCUUAGAAGUGAGAAUCAUUUGUAUUUUGAGUUGGAAAUUAUGGAACUUCACUGUAUCAGGAUCAUAUACAUUUUAAAGAACAAAUGUUUAGAAUGACCAAAGGUCACUUCUUUUGGCUUGUGCUAAACUUGAUUUUUUCCCUUUUAGUAUUGGGUAUAUUUUUCUUCAAGUUCUUCUCAGAUAAAAUCUUCCUGUUGUUCCAUGUACUCCUUGGCAGCAGGAUGCUAGCAUCUGUGUAAUUCUCAUCCUGUUUGCUGGUAACCCAUAUAUUCAUUUUCAUGCUGACUUGAGCUCAGACCCUGCCUUGAUUUGGCAGGAGUAGGUUUUCCCAAACCACAGUGCUUAGUUAAUGCAAACUGUAUAUUUUGCAUUAUGUUUCCUUUGUGACUGAAGAUUGAAUUAAAAUGCCUGUGAACUGCAAACUUGCUUAUGAUUGACUUGGUGCAAUAAAGUUCCUUUCUAACCAUUUCUGGUUUAGAAAACAUUCAGCCAUCCUAGAAACUAGCAAUAUUUAUUUAUGUCUCAUUUAUUUUACCUUCAGUUUUAGAUGAGGGAAUUGUAGUCUUUCACUUGUGGGUACUAAGCAAGGUCCAUUUUGGUGUAGCUGAAGAAAAUGCAUAUUUGGCUACACUAUUUCUGUUUACUAUAUUUUGCUUCUUGUUUAAAACCUUAAUAAUGGCUCAGUUCCAGCAUGUCAGUCUCAAAGAACUAAGGUUUUACUACUAGUGUCAGCCAUUUACUUUCCCACUAAUUGGGAUCCCCCCCAAACCCCACAAAUAAGUUUUAGAAAAUCCUAGAAAAGGGGAGAUUGCAUGUCUUAAUGCUGGGGAACAGCAACUUUGGUGUUGAAUUUACUUGAAUGGAUUAAAAUUGCAUUGUUACAGAGAUAGAAAAAAAUUUAAGUAUGAAAAAUAAUAGCCUUAUACUGAGUAUAAAUAAUACUUUAAAAGCAUGUGAAGAUGUGAUCAUUUGUGAUGUUACUUGUAAAAAAAAACUAUAUAUAAAUAUCUUUUGAAGUGUUGAAAGGAAAAUAGUACUUUAUAUUCUUUAUCAUAUCACUUUUUGUAAGUGUUGCAUAUAUUCCUGUUUAUUUUUCUAUGUUCUGUUUUGUAGCCUUAAGAAGUGUUUCAAAGAUAUCUGAAUGUAUCAGAGUAAAUGCCCUACAUGGUGUGAUGCUGCAUUAUAUAUGAAACUGUGUGCAUAUAUUAAAUUUUGUCUGUUGAUUUUGCUUGUGAUUCUUUGGUUCCAGGGUUAACCCAGUAUAUAGCAUAUAAAUCUUAAGAGGAGCUUAGUGAACUUGUGAAAAUAAGUGAUGGUUUUUAUUGAGUCAGAAUUCUAGUGUGUGCGACUAAAAACCACGUGGAAUUUAUAAACUAUGGGGUAGGUACUGUUCUUUUCCCUACUUUAUAUAUAUGUAAAAAACUGAGACAGGCCAAGUAAUUUAAUUUAAGUCAUGCAACUAAGUGGUAGGAUUUGGAUUUUGAACCUAGCUGAGAGGUUUUAAAGCUAGUGCUCUCUGCCACUUUUUCAGCAAUCAUGAUGGGAAUGUAUACUAUCUAAGAGUAAUUUCUAGAUUAAAUGGCCCUUUUAUUUUUUAAAGUUACUAAUCAAUAUUUGUGUUCUGAAGAAAGAUAAGGCAGCUUAUUGGAAAACUUGGUUUUUGUUUUUUGAAAAAUAAAAGCAAACCCUUUCUUAAGGGUGUUUUUUCAUUAAGUCACCUAAGUGUACGGCUAGUCAGUACUUGAUUAACCUACUUACUAACAGGUACUUUGUUUUAGAAUGGCUUCUCCAGAAUGCAGAGUCUGAAGCAAAGGCUUCAUUACAGGCGUUUAAUAGAAAGUGAUAGGGUAGGUAAGUUGGUUAGUCAUAGAGGCCAGUUUUUAGGGAUUGCUUGAGGUGCUGAGUGAAGUAUCACAGAACCUUGAAGGAUCAGAGGGAGAAAGAAAGGAAAAGGGGGAGGAAGCAUUUAUCUGUGUGAGUGCCACUUUCUUUUGCCAGUAAGUCAGUAGAGAAGCCAGAGCAUGGGGAGGGAAGCUAGAGGGGGGUUGGUGUUGGUUGGGACCGUUGCAGAACUGAUCACUUGAAAUGGAACAGUAAGGUAAGACCAAGUGACCACUGGUCCACAAGAAGCGUGCCCUAUCCAGGGUUUCUCCAGAAGUUUUCUAUAAUUGGAAGGGCCUGCUUUUUCACUUUGAAUAUUUUAUAUUUUCAUUCAACUUUAGGUACAUGUAUAGGGAAUAAGUAGUAUGAGAAUAUUUAAACUACAAAAUGAGUAAACACAACUUCUCUUCAGAGACACUAACUUACACUCUUUCAAAAGUUGAGUCUUGCACUCCGCAGAAUAGUGAAACUACAGCCAUUGAUAAAAAUGUCAUACUAGAUAUUUAUUGAUCUAGGAAUUCAUUAGAGCUCAAAGUCAGCCAUUUAAAAAUACAUACCAGUCUUAUGAUUAAAUUUAUUUUUCACAUUUACAGAAAAAUCUUGUAAAGAUUAAAGCUGUAAAUAUAAAAAACGAAGAGUGGUGUUCUUAAGGCCUCCUAUGCCUUUCAAUAGUCUAAUGAAACUAAACUGGCAAGUUAUUGAUUCCCAUACAAAAUUUGUGUAAGCUAUUUUUUUUUCCUAACUGCAUAAGCUAAUUUUUUUUUUUACUGAUCUCCAGGUGGAAAAAACGAACGUAAUGCUAUAUACUACCUACGAUACAUGUUACUGUGUAACUUGUUGCAUGCUUUCUGUAAGUUGUUUUCUAAAUUAGGAGUUAGUAAAAGCAUGUUAAGUCCUCUAUAAUUUUAUAAGGUAUGUUUACAAAUCAGGGAGGGGCCAGAAGUGGAGACUAGAGGCAUAGGCAUGAAGCCAUGCUCUUCGGGAAGGGAUUAUUGGAUGGACAUGACUGGUAACCGCAUUAGCAGAGAGCUGUGUGGAUAGGUGAGACAGACUACGGCACAGGCAAGGCUGGGAACUGAAAUUUACAUUAAAGCCAGGAGCACCCCAGUAAAAUGGGCACUGAUGGUAAUAACAAAUUUCCUAUAAACAAGCCUUUUCUGGCCUGGGUUCCAGAUUCUUAAAGGGAAAAAUACAAAACAAAACACUAAAUGUUUUCACAUUUGUUUAGGUUUGAGGUCCAGGAAUCUACAAGCUAAGAUUAAAAGUGGUUCCAAGCUGGAAAUACACUUGGGUCACCUGGUAGAAGCAAACUGAAAGCCUUUGGGCAGACCUCAGUCAAGGAGCCAAGGUUAUUUUAACAAAACCAUUUUGACUUAUAGUAGCUUAAACAAAUAGGGAUUUAUUCCCCUUUCAUAAGAUAAUCUGUAGCUGCUGGUCACACCUCAGACUAUCAUUUUUGGUAUUUCUUGUGCCACUUUAUGGGCGCAACACAUCCACAAGGGUAGGUACCAGAUAUCCUUUUAUUGGAAAAGCAAGAGGGCCUCCAGAAACACUCUCCUUCCCCCGCAAGAGACUGCUUGCUACUUUCAAUUUCAUGGCUAGGACUGGGUCAGCAUGGCUAUGCCUAGCUGUGAGACUAGGAAAAUGCAGAAGAUGAUUGUCAUGAGUGUCUUAGCCCAAUUAUGAAUCACCAUCUGAGGCUGGGCACACUGCCUACCCUACCAAGUUGGUAAGGAAGGAAGUGCUUGUAGUAUGAAGUUGGGAAGGAAAGACAAAGCCUCACUGAACAUCAGCUCACAAACCAAAAGGAAGCAAUCCAAGAGUAAGACAUAGACUAAUUGCAGAGUAAUGCAAGUAUUAAGUGUUUCAAAAGAUUAAAAGACAAUGGAAUAAAAAAAUUAUAAGCUCCUGAACCACUGCUAUCUUGGUAAUUCUAGCUGCUUCUCUAGCUGGUUUUGCUUUGUCUCUUCAGUCCCUACUUUGAGCAUGUAAAAACCUCUAACUUGAAUCUUGAAAGCAUGGGGAGUCCACUACAGUUUGCCUGUGUCCAUCCUUUCACUAAUCUCUUCAAUGCCCAUGCUGAUCUCUGCCUCUGACCUGAUAUGUUCUGCUUUACAUGGAUUAUUUUACCAUUUAUCAUUACAGGUACUAUUUUUUUUGGUAGCUACCUCCUUCAUGUAGCCCUUUCUAACUCUCCAACAUAACUAUUUCUUGCCUGAACCACUGAGUGCUCAUAUUACACCAGGCACUGGGUUAAGUCUGACAUACACGUGUCUAAAUGUUAAUGAACAUGAACGAAAUUACAGAACUGAGUAGUUAUCCUUUCUUCCUACUGUCUGUGGUAAAUAGAUCCAUUCCUUCAAUACUGUAGAGGCAUACUACAUUACUAGGUACCAAACUAUACACUGAAUUAUUAAAAUUAGUUCUAAACAGUUGAUAGGUACAAAAUAUAAAAUUCAGAAGGUAAGAGGUAUAUGUCACCUUCCUAUUCUUUAAUCAAGUUAUUCUUCCUCAAAGCAUUAAGCUUCUUGAGUAUCCUUCUGUGUACUUUAAUAUUUUGUAUAUUUUCAUAUGAAUGGUGUAUUAUAUAAACACUGUUGCACCAUGCUUUUUUGCCUAGAGAUUUCUUCCAAUCAGGACAUAUUCAACAGUCUCUUUUUAAUAGCUAACUUCUGCAUUGACGGUGUUUCUGAGUUGGUAAUAGUGAUUUUAUAGAAAAAUUUUUUUUGUUAGCAACUGUAAGCCCUUUUCUAUUGCCACAAAAUUUUAAGGAACAGCUAUGUUUUUAAAUUUUCAUCUGCAUGAAAAAUGUAAUACAUAUUCUGUCAUAAGCAGUAGGUAGAACUGUGCUCUAUAUAUUGUAUAUUCUUUUGGACAAAAUACGGAAUCAGUAAAUAAAAAUAGCUUUUGGCUUAUUUUAUUCAAUUUUUUGAAAUAAACAUCCACAAAUUUAACCUAUCCUUAAAAAUAGGCACUACAUAUUUUAGUAUAAUCCCAUUUAUAUACAAUACAAGCCCUUUACAUAUUAACACUGGUAACCUUUGGGAGGGUAAUGUGAAGGGAGAUCAUAACUUUUUAUUCCAUAGAUUUCGGUGCAUUUGAAUUUUUCACAAAUAUGUAUUUCUAUGUAAUAAAAGCCUAAUAUGCAAAUUGACCAAACUGCAGAACAACCAGUCACUAUGACGCACACUGACCACCAGGGGGCAGAUGCUAAACGUGGGAGCUGUCCCCAGCCCACAGGCCCCAGGCCAGCCAAGGCGGGUGCCAGCAGGGGCCCUGAUUGUCCCGCUGGUCACCCCACUGAGGGAGGUGACUGGCGGCAGGGCUGGCCGGUGAGUGGGCUGGUGCCACCCCUGGAUCGCCCUUGGGGGGCAGGGCUGGCGAGUGGGGGGUGCCAAGCUGGCCAAGGCGGGUACCAGCGGGGCCCCCAAUUGCCCUGUUGGUCAUCCCAAAGAUCGACCCUGAUCACCAGCCAGGCUUAGGGACUCGUACCAGUGCAUGAAUUUCAUGCACUGGGCUUCUAGUUUAUAUAUUAAUUUUAAAGGCCUAAUGGGGCCGUUACACUUUUUUGUCCAAUUUGCAUAUCAAUCAAAGCUAUUAUUUCAAGUAACUAAAUUUAGUCUGUUCAAUAAUUUCAAAUAUCUUCCUCUAGUUUGCUUGCUCCAUUAAUUCAUUUAGUAAACUCUUUCCCUCACUUAUAGCAUGGUAGUUCCAGUUCAUUGCAUUAGUCAGAAGCAUAACUGAAAGUGGUUUCACACUAGAACAGUGGUUCUCAACCUGUGGGUCACAACCCCUUUGUGAGUCGAAUGACCCUUUCACAGGGGUCGCCUCAGACCAUCGGAAAACACAUAUUUACGAUGGUCUUAGGAACCGAGACACCGCUCCUCUAUCUGUCUCCAGAUGGGUCCGCCCACAUGCAGACGCUCACAUAUGAGUACCCGGCGUAUUACAGGGUUGAGGCGUUAGGAAGAUUGAGAACCACUGCACUAGAGGGUUCCUAUUGCUCAAACUGAGAACUCGGACUUGAAUAAAUUUUUUAGAACUUAUGCCCGGCUGGUUGUUUCAGUGGUUGAGCCUUGACCUAUGAACCAGGAGGUCAUGGUUUGAUUCCUAGUCAGGGCACAUGCCCAAGUUGUAGGCUCCAUCCCCAAUGUGGGGCCUGCAGGAGGCAGCCAAUUAAUGAUUCUCUCAUCAUUGAUGUUUCUAUCUGUCUGUCCUCCUCCUCCCUUCCUCUCUGAAAUCAAUAAAAAUAUUUUAAAAAAGAAAAUUAGAAGUAUAAACUGAACGUGGUUUCACACUAGAGGUUUCUAUUGCUCAAACUGAGGACUUGGAUAAAAUAUUAGAACUCUUGCU